UGUCUUCUCGUUUCCUUCUGUCCCCUUCCUCCCAGGCUCAGGUGGCCUUCCUCCAGGGAGAGAGGAAAGGGCAGGAGAAUCUCAAGACAGACCUGGUGCGCCGGAUCAAGAUGUUGGAAUACGCGCUGAAGCAAGAGAGGGCCAAAUAUCAUAAGUUGAAGUUUGGGACAGACCCGAACCAGGGGGAGAAGAAACCGGAACUGUCAGAACAAGUCUCCAACGGCCCCGUGGAGUCGGUCACUCUGGAGCACAGCCCGCUGGUGUGGAAGGAGGGGCGGCAGCUUCUCCGACAGUACCUGGAGGAGGUGGGCUACACGGACACUAUCCUGGACAUGAGGUCCAAGCGUGUGCGGUCCCUCCUGGGCCGCUCGUUGGAGCUCAACGGGGCCGUGGAGCCCAGUGACGGGGGCCCCCGGGCCACACCGGGCCCUGGGGGGCUCAGCGGCGGGGAGUCGCUGCUGGUGAAACAGAUCGAGGAGCAGAUCAAGAGGUGAGUGACAGGCAAAGAUGGCAGAGAGCGCUUAGGCGGCUCGGUGCUGGAACAGAUCCCCUUCCUGCCAAACUGUGAGGACGAAGACAGUGACGAGGACGACGAGCUGGACAGCGUGCAGCACAAGAAGCAGCGUGUGAAGCUGCCGUCCAAGGCCCUGGUGCCCGAAAUGGAGGACGAGGACGAGGAGGAUGACUCAGAGGACGCCAUCAACGAGUUCGAUUUCCUGGGCUCAGGAGAGGACGGGGAGGUCUCUCCAGACCCCCGGCGGUGCGCUGGAGAGGGGACCCACCAUGAGCUGGAAAGCCGGCGGGUCAAACUCCAGGGAAUUUUGGCCGACCUUCGGGACGUGGAUGGGCUGCCCCCCAAAGUGACUGGCCCACCUCCUGGCACACCCCAGCCCCGGCCCCACGAAGGUUCCUUUGGCUUCUCCUCAGACGUCUUCAUCAUGGACACUAUCGGGGGCGGGGAGGUGAGCCUGGGGGAUUUGGCCGAUCUCACCGUCACCAAUGACAACGACCUCAGCUGUGAUCUGUCUGACAGCAAAGAUGCCUUUAAGAAGACGUGGAACCCCAAGUUCACCCUCCGCUCCCACUACGACGGCAUCCGCUCCCUGGCUUUCCACCACAGCCAGUCAGCUCUGCUCACCGCGUCGGAGGACGGCACGCUCAAGCUCUGGAACCUGCAGAAGGCCGUCACUGCCAAGAAGUGAGGCAGCCACGACGUGGAACCCAUCCACGCCUUCCGGGCUCACAGGGGCCCCGUGCUGGCAGUAGCCAUGGGCAGCAACAGUGAAUACUGUUACAGUGGUGGGGCGGAUGCCCGCAUCUACAGCUGGAAGAUUCCAGACCUCAACAUGGACCCCUACGAUGGUUACGACCCGAGCGUGCUGAGCCACGUCCUGGAGGGCCACGGGGACGCCGUGUGGGGCCUGGCCUUCAGUCCCACCUCCCAGCGCCUGGCCUCCUGCUCCGCCGAUGGCACUGUUCGCAUCUGGGACCCCAGCAGCAGCAGCCCCACUUGUCUCUGUACCUUCCCCACAGCCAGCGAUCAUGGGGUCCCCACCUCAGUGGCCUUCACCAGCACCGAGCCUGCCCACAUCGUGGCUUCCUCCCGCUCUGGCGACACCAUCCUGUAUGACCUGGAAGCUGGCAGUGCCCUCCUCACCCUGGAGUCCCGGGGAAGCAGCGGCCCAACCCAGAUCAACCAGGUGGUGAGUCAUCCGAACCAGCCCCUCACUAUCACCGCCCAUGACGACAGAGGCAUCCGCUUCCUGGACAACCGGACAGGGAAAUGCGUGCACUCCAUGGUCGCCCACCUCGAUGCAGUCACCUGCCUGGCCGUGGUGUCAGGAAGCCACGACUGCUCCCUUCGUCUGUGGAGCCUGGACAACAAAACGUGCGUGCAGGAGAUCACGGCCCACCGCAAGAAGCACGAGGAGGCCAUCCAUGCUGUCGCCUGCCACCCCACCAAGGCCCUCGUCGCCAGUGCGGGUGCCGACGCCCUGGCCAAGGUCUUCGUAUGAUGCCCACCUGGCCCCGCCCUGGCCGGGGAGCGGGGCUGGGCAGGUGGGACUGAGGUGACUCCCAGCCUUGGUCUGCAGGCCCAGAGGCCUGGCCUCUCCCGCCCGCCCUGGAGCCUGGUGGUGCUAACGUUGCUUCCUCGGAGGCCCCCACCCCCUGCCCUCCCCCGGCAUCCAGCCUGGGGCGGCGCCUCCUUCAGGAAUUGCCCUCCAGGAUGGCCUCCAGGAGUCUCCUUUCUGCCCUGACACCCACUCCUGGUCUCUGAGCGGCCUUCUGGGGGCAGCACAGCCAGGGCUGGGUGUCCUUGGGGAUCAGCUUUUCCAAGACGCCAGAAGGUGCCAGGUUCUCUCUGAACCCCCAACCCCACCUCUCCAUCUUCCCAGACCUGGGUGGGGACCGUGCGAGGGGAACGCCAGACGCCCCCGUUCUGGUUUGCCAGGCUGUCUUCAGUGGGAGUGCCAGGCCUGGCCGUCCCCUCCAGCUCCCUCAGCGCAGCUUUCCAGACACUGCCCAUCACCUCCAGGGCCAGUGACUGCCUGAGAGCAGGUGACGCCCUCUGGGAGGCGCCUGCCCCUACCUCCCCAACACUCCUCUAAUGGCAGCCCUCCACCUCCCACGGGGCCACCCACAGGCAGAGAUGGCCUCUUGCUCCUCCCUGGGGCGUGGGAGGUGGAGUAGGGCCCCCCGCCCCCCCGCCCCGGGUCCCCUGCAACUCCCUGUA